AUGACUCUCACCCCCUACGACAGACUUAGAGACCCAAAGAAGUUCCUCAAAAAAUUUCGAUCAAUAAUGAUCGUUAACGGUGCAUCUGAUCCUAUUUUAUGUCGUUGCUUUCCAUCUUAUUUAGAUGGUCCUGCACUAGACUGGCUUUGUGCUUGGCCUGCAGGUUCUAUCUCGCGAUUUCAAGAGCUGGCCAAGCUAUUUGAAGAUCAUUUCGCUGGAUCUGCUAUUUAUCUACAUGAUUCAGAUUAUAUGAACACAAUCAAGCAAGGCCAGAAUGAAAGCUUGAAAGACUAUAUGACUCGCUUCACAAAGGUUGCAAUGAGCAUACCAGACCUCCACCCCGAAGUCCAUCUACAUGCCAUCAAGAGUGGGCUUCGGCCAGGGAAGUUCCAAGAGACCAUCGCGGUAGCCAAGCCGAAGACCCUUGCCGAGUUUCGCGAAAAGGCCAAGGGACAAAUUGAUAUCAAAGAGCUCAGACAAGCUCGAAAAUCCGACAAAACAUAUUACAAAGACGAGGAUAAGACGCAAAAUAGCAAGAAAAAUUUUAAACUAACCCCUCGAUUUGAAUCCUACAUGCAGUUCAACACAAAAUGGGAGGAUAUCAUCAAAGAGAUCCUGAACUCAAAAUUGAUCAAACCACCAAGGAAGGCCAGCACAUAUCAAGACACCAAGAAUGUGGACAAAUCCAAAUACUGUACUUUCCACCAGAAGCAUGGCCACACCACCGACGAAUGUGUAGUCACAAAAGACCUUUUAGAGCGGCUAGCUCGGCAAGUUCAUCUGGACAAAUACAUCGGUGGCCAUAUGCAGAAGUGUACACCACCCUCCACAGGCAAUACUUUGUCAGAACAACAACACCGGGAAAAGGAGAAGGUGUCUUCAAGCCAAUAUGAACAACCUCGGGGCAUAAUCAACUGUAUCUCAGGUGGAUACUGGUGGACGAAAUUGUGA